UUUUCUUUUACUUUCGUUUUCAUUUCCCGGAAAAGUGGAAUGUGAAAACAAUCCGAGUUCUCUUCAGUCGCGGUUUAACUUUAAGUUACGUUUCUUUUUCAGCGCAUUUCAUUUGUUUCAUUUGUACAUUCAUUCAUAAAUUAAUUCAUUUAUUUCUUUAUUUACUUCCUGCUCACCUUCAGUUCAGGUAAAUGCAAGCGCCGACGUCAGUUACCUGUUACACACAUUUAGAAGAGGAGGACAAACGUGUGUCUGUGUGUCUGUCUGUGUGCAGACAUGAUUUCUGACCAUCAGCUGCUUCAAGAAGACCUGUGGUUUCUACCUGGACGACUCAGGAUAAAUCCGUCUCUGUGGGACAAAGACGACGUGUCUCACUGGCUUCACUGGGCUCAGAAAGAAUAUUCCCUGCGACGCCUUGAGCGAGGACACUUUGAGAUGAACGGCCGAGCUCUGUGUCUGCUCACCAAAGACGACUUCAGGCGUCGCUGCCCAAACUCAGGCGACGUUCUGUACGAGAUCCUUCAGUGUGUCAAACAGUUCAGGACAGGUCCAGUCCGUCCUCGGCAGACACCAGCUGACCUCACACAUGUCCACACACAGAGUCCAGUCAUCUGCCAGGUCCACGGCCACGACGUCAGUGACACCAAAGCUGUGCCCACGUCGUCCCAAAGCGACGUACAGAGCAACGUCCAGGAGCCGCUCAACCUGUCCAACCACGAGAAGACGAGGACGACGCUGCGCUCGGUCAACGGACGAAUCCCAGAGUGCAGACUGCUGUGGGACUACGUGUAUCAGCUGCUGUGUGACGACCGUUACCAUGACUACAUCCGCUGGGAGGACGAGGACAGCCUGGUGUUCAGGGUGGUCGACCCAGACGGGCUGGCGUCUCUGUGGGGAAACCACAAGAAUCGAGACAAUAUGACGUACGAGAAAAUGUCUCGUGCUCUGCGUCACUACUACAAACUCAACAUUAUCAGAAAGGAGCGAGGACAGAAACUGCUCUUCAGGUUUCUCAAACUCCCAAAGGACAUGAGGAGACAUGAGUUGGACGAGGUGGAGUCCCCAGAACACAGCUGCACAGAGACCAGUCCCACAUAUGAGUUCAGCAACGACCGCUUUGAGGUUUCGCCGGAUCACGCUUCCCCUCCGUCUCCUCCAGGUGGCGCUCCACUGAGAUAGAAGCAGAAGAAUUGUCUCUUUUCAUUUUUAUUUCAGCUUCAAGAAUGAACCCAGGCAUAUAAUGGCUUAAAGGUAUAGUAUGUGAUUUUUGGCUGUUACCGGCCGCUGGACUUGAUUUUCCAACAGGAAAGUGAAGUUUGUGUUACUUUGUGUCGCUUUGU